AACAUGAGGACCAGAGUGGCCAUCAUCGGAGCAGGUGUCAGUGGUCUGGCCUCCAUACGGUGCUGUCUGGAGGAGGGGCUGGAGCCUACCUGCUUUGAAAGGGGCAGUGAUGUUGGAGGCCUGUGGAAAUUCUCGGACCAUGCAGAAGAAGGGCGAGCCAGCAUUUACCAGUCUGUAGUCACCAACAGUUCCAAAGAAAUGAUGUGCUUUCCAGACUUCCCUUACCCUGAUGACUACCCUAACUACAUGCACCACAGCCAGCUCCAGGAGUACAUCCGGACAUUUGCCCAAAAAAAGGAUCUUCUCAGAUACAUAAAGUUUGAGACUGUGGUUACCAGUAUAAAGAAAUGCCCCAGUUUCUUAGUCACUGGUCAAUGGGAUAUUGUUGUUGAAAAAGAUGGGAAUCAGGAAUCUAUUAUUUUUGACGCUGUAAUGAUUUGCUCAGGACAUCAUGUAUACCCCAACCUUCCAACGAAUUCCUUUCCUGGUCUAGAAAAGUUUCAAGGGAGCUACCUCCACAGCCGGGACUAUAAGGGCCCCGAGGUUUUCAGAGGGAAGAGGGUCCUGGUGAUUGGCCUGGGGAAUUCAGGAUCGGACAUUGCUGUUGAGCUCAGUCGUCUGGCUGCCCAGGUCAUGAUAAGCACCAGAAGUGGUUCCUGGGUCAUGAGUCGAGUUUGGGAUGAUGGCUAUCCUUGGGACAUGGUAUAUGUUACCCGCUUUGCAUCCUUUCUCCGGAAUAUACUUCCUCCAUUUGUCUCUGACUGGUUAUACGUCAAGAAGAUGAACACAUGGUUUAAGCAUGAAAACUAUGGCCUGGUGCCGUUAAAUGGGCCCCUGAGGAAAGAGCCUGUCUUCAAUGAUGAGCUUCCGUCCCGCAUCCUGUGUGGCGCUGUGUCCAUUAAACCCAACGUGAAGCAGUUCACAGAGACUUCAGCCGUGUUUGAGGAUGGGACGGUGUUUGAGGCUAUUGACUCCAUCAUCUUUGCAACGGGCUAUGACUAUGCUUACCCCUUCCUUGAUGAUUCCGUCAUCAAAAGCAGAAACAAUGAGGUCACCCUGUUUAAAGGCGUCUUUCCCCCGCAACUGGGGACGCCAACGCUGGCUGUGAUCGGCUUGGUCCAGUCCCUGGGGGCUGCCAUUCCCACAGCAGACCUGCAGGCUCGUUGGGCUGCUAAAGUGUUUGCAGGGUCAUGUAUUCUACCAAGUGCAAAAGAAAUGAUGGAUGACAUUGAUGAAAAAAUGGGGAAAAAACUCAAGUGUGUGUUCUUGUCUUUCCUCAGGUUUGGCCAGAGCCAGACUCUGCAGACAGAUUAUAUCACCUACAUGGAUGAGCUGGGCUCCUUCAUAGGGACCAAGCCAAAUAUCCCAUGGCUCUUCCUAACCGAUCCCCAGCUGGCCCUGGAGGUGUACUUUGGCCCUUGCAGCCCAUACCAGUUUAGACUAAUGGGUCCAGGGAAGUGGGAUGGGGCCAGGAAUGCUAUCCUGACCCAAUGGGACCGGACAGUGAAGCCAACCAGGACCAGAGCUAUCAGAGAAGCUCAGAGACCCCGUCACUUUUUCAAUUUGCUUAAAAUGAUUUCAUUCCCAGUACUCCUUCUGGCUAUUUUGCUUAUAUUUUACUCAUGAGAAGCCCCUUUCGGUCUCAGAACUCAGCCUAGAAUUUUAAGUGCAGAAUUUAUACAUAUA